CGUUUGUAUUUGGAUCAUUUGUAUGGGGACUCCUCCACCAAAACUCUUCUAUGACUAAACUGCACCGAGCAAGAGUAGGCUCGUGGAUAUUUUAUUAUUAGUAGGUUUUAAAGCAUCUGUUUUAUGCAGACUGUAUGGUUGUGCUAAAUUUCCAGUCAGAUCUGUAGAGAUGGUAGAGCCAACCCGCAAGUUUACAUCAAUGGAAGAGGAGCUGUGCUUCUGGAAGGAGCAGGCAGAGAAACAUCAACAAAGGGCGGACGAGGUGCAAGAGGAGCUGCAGGAGUUCCAGCAGAUGAGUCGUGACUAUGAGGCUGAGCUGGAGUCAGAGCUGAAGCAGUGUGAACGGCGAAACAAAGAUCUUCUCGUAGACAACAACAGACUGCGCACGGAGCUGGAAAACGUGAAGGAGAAAUUUGAGACUCAGCACUCAGAAGCUUCGAGGCACAUUUCUACACUGGAGGAGGAGCUGCUAGAAACUAAAGCUAUGAGAGAUCACCUGCAGAAAUACAUCAGGGAGCUAGAGCAGUCCAAUGAUGACCUGGAAAGGACUAAAAGGGCAACUAUUAUGUCGCUGGAGGACUUUGAGCAGAGGAUGAACCAAGUAAUUGAGCGAAAUGCUUUUCUUGAAAGUGAGCUUGAUGAGAAAGAAAACCUCCUGGAGUCUGUCCAGAGACUUAAGGAUGAAGCUCGAGAUCUUCGUCAAGAGUUGGCUGUACGGCAGGUAGAGAGACGACCAUCGAGCAGCUUAGGCAGAGACAGUGAGCGAGACAUGCAGUGCCCCUCUGCUAUUAAUCCUUCUCUCCCUGCUACACCAGCUAAACUGAUUAUCUUAUCUGACACGCCCCCUGCCUCAAGUAUCCGUAGAGGUGAUGGGCUAACAGGCACACCACUGACAACAUCAGCUCGGAUAUCUGCCCUUAAUAUUGUUGGAGAACUUCUGAGAAAAGUUGGGAACCUGGAGUCCAAGUUGGCAUCUUGUCGAGACUUUGUGUAUGACACGUCCAUUAACCGACCAGCUCUCCUCGCCGCUCAUGCCAGUCCCGCCGGUUUAGGAGGUUCUGAAAGCCAAGUAAGCAGCCCACCACCACAGUAUGACAGUGUAGUGAAGCAGUUAGAGUUUGGACCAGUUCCUCCACGAGGCCUCUCCCAAGGUGCCCAGUCACCACAGGGAGGUGUGAAGAUCCUGCUAUGAGACAGACACCUGCCUCUGCAAGAAACUGACCUCUUGAUCUUCUGAUCUGCUCUACAAAAAUAUGCAGUGAUUCGAUUGACUUAUUUCUCUCGACACUAUGUGUCCCAUAGGAUUGAUCUGCUCCACAUAAUCAGUGCAUGGACUACUACUGCCUGAAGCUCAUAUCACACAUAAAGUAACAGAACUGCAGCUCAUUUGUUUGGCUUUAUGGUGAGUCAUGUCCAAAAAUUUGGUCCAUUUAAAUGCCCUGCCAUGUGGAGCAGUAGCGACCCCAAAUAGCUGUGAGAUUAGGAUUUUGAAAUACGUUGGAACAAUGUGAUGAAAUGCUUUUUUCAUAGUUCAACUCAAAACCCUAGUCUGUAUCGAAACCAAAGUUUAUUUCUAGCACUGAACCACCAAAACAUGGGAAUGUUUUUUUGAAUUUUAAUGACCAUGUCAUGUGCUAGUGGCCUUUCAGAAAACAAAACUUUGGAUUUUGUGUAAAGCGAGAGGUUAGGUGAAAAUUUGUUUUUCCUCCUCCCAUUUAUUAAAAUACAUCACUCACUGCCUCAGGUUUAGGAUGGUAGCAAUAUGAGAAUGAAAGAAAUUACUUAGUCUUGUAACUUGACUUUACUCAUUAAAAUCUAACCAAAAUGCACAUAAUUUAACUCAUUCCAGUCAUCUGAAGUUUUGGUUUUAUUCGUGCUUCUGCCUAAUAGAAGAACAAAUAUUUUCAUAGAUAUAAGUAAUAUUGCUGUUAUUGUCUUUCAUUUUUAAUUUUACUCUGUUUAGAUGCACAUGUACAGUACUGAAUAUGUAGUGACCAAUGUUUGUCCAACUGACCAAGCAAUAAUUGAUUUCACUGAUAA